GAGCAGCUGGAAUCCCCACCCAUCCCACCGGACUGGUUCCCCAGUGUGACCACCCCCACCCGGCCCCCUGCCUCCCAGCCCUGAAGCCAGCCCACCUCCUCAAGGAGAGACUACCUCAGCCUUCAAGGAAGUGCUCAUUGUCACCGUGUGAACGAGCCACUCCCAGCCACGUCUCCAGGCAGGACCCACCCGGCGAGAGAGGGCUCCUCUUCUCUGAACAUCUGGAAAGAAAUGCCUUCUACCAGCUGCAGGAUGGGCAGCGGAGGAAGGAAGGUCUUCUGGGCUCUGUGCUUCCUGCUGCUUCUCCUCAAACUUAGUUCUGCCAAGAAUAUCUGGAAACGGGCAUUGCACGCGAGGCUGGCUGAGAAAUCCCACGGCGAGGAAGCUGGCGGCCCCCAGCAGCCCCGCGCGGACCGCUGCCCGCCGCCCCCGCGCUCGCUGCCCCCCGACGCCUGCCAGGUGGCGCGCUGCCAGGCCGACUCUGAGUGCCCGCGGCACCGGCGCUGCUGUUACAACGGCUGUGCAUAUGCCUGCCUGGAGGCCGUGCCGCCCCCGCCAGUUUUAGAUUGGUUGGUACAGCCGAAACCUCGAUGGCUUGGUGGCAACGGCUGGCUCCUGGAUGGCCCUGAGGAGGUGUUGCAAGCAGAGACCUGCAGCACCACAGAAGAUGGGGCAGAGCCACUCCUCUGUCCCUCGGGCUACAAGUGCCACAUCCUGAGCCCAGGUGACGUCGCUAAGGGCAUCCCCAACCGCGGCCAGUGUGUCAAGCAGCGCCGGCAGGCAGAUGAGCGAUUCCUGCGACAUACAUUAUACAAAGGACAUUCAGAGGGUGACUACAAGAACGUGGCAGAACAUGGAAAAGGACAACAGAGGCACUUUCAGUAAAGCAAGGACAGCGGCCAGUUUGAAAGAACAUUUCCUCCACUUUCCGCUAAGCCUUGGAAACAGUUGUAUAAAAACGACUUGAUCCCCAGAGGAUAUGCUCAGCUCAGCAGAACAUGACCUCAGAGAUACUUCGAGACAGGACACCUGGCUCUCAACCCCAGCGUGGCCUUACCUGGCUAGGUGACUUUGUGGGAGUCAUUUAUAAGCUAUUUUGUCAUCCUGGAAACAAGGCAUGCCUAGGAAUCUCAUGUGACCCUGCAGCUCCACAGAUCCUACCCUGGGAAGAAGUCACUGCCUCGUGAGCAUGCAUGAAGCCUGUUUCUAAUAAAAAUGGGUUGGUAUCUACAGAUUUCCUCCAGGUAUGACUGGGAAUCAGGUACCCAUCCCAAGUGUUCUCAAAAUAUAUUCACUCAUUGUAAAAUGGAAAUGAACUUCUCUACUCACACGUGAUUCAUAAUUUUAACUACCUGAUAAUCUUAAAUCAGGUGUGCUAAAGUCAUGGACUUGUGGGGUUGGGAGGGAGGGUAGGUGUUGCUGGGGUGUCAGCUCAGCUCUGCUUCUGGAACCCCGGAAUAUUCCGGCCAUGUGCACACUGUUUUAGUUAGGAGCCCUCUGAAGCAGCCCUUGAGAGGAGGGUGUGUUGAAAGGGAUGUAUUAGGAAAGUUCCUGGGGAAAGUUGGGACAGAAGGAGAAAGACGUCAGACAAGGUGAGGUGUCAAGGUCCCGAGAUGCCACCCCCUUGGGGGUCCUAGAGGCAGCCUGAGUUCCACCAGGGCUGGCUCCAGUGGUGGGAACCCGUGUGGUCACUCAGAAGGGCCUUGUACUUGGUGUAACAAAAUUCUUAGCCAUUAUUGAAGCAAGGGUCUGCCUAUUCUUUCUGCAAAUAGUGGCGUUGGCCCAUCCGGGGGCAGGGACGCCGAGUAUGUGUAAGGCUCCCAGCACCCUCUGUGAUGGGAUCAGGCUGCCCGAGGGAGGAGGGGUCGUCCACUCGAGGAGCAGCCCACUUCCUGUGCACACUGGGACCCAAGGGGACAUGAGCAGAGCCCUGGGGGCAUCUGUGACACAAUUCAAAUCUCAACAGUGUGUGCACAAAAGCGAACACAUACACAGGCUUGCGGUGAAAAUGAUUCCACAUCCUCCCAUAGCCUGCUUUCAAAACAGCCCCUGGUGACUGGUAUUAACAGGUGGUUUGGCAGGAUUCAACCUUUUUAAUUCCAAAAUGGGCUUAGGGGGAGACAACACCUGAGUAUACAUAUUUUUCAAACAAGCAGCUCUCCUGUCCCCCGUCCCCCAUCCACGCACACACUCUUUCCCCCAUACAAUCCAUAAUCUCUUGGAAAGCACUCCAAAGCCAGUUUCAGGUGGACAUUAAUGACCGAGGGGCCUUUUGUGUGUGUGUCAUUUCUGGGCCUCUGAGCAUUCGUAUUGCUCAAGAAUUCUUUUCUUGUUUUUUAAUUUUGUUUUACAUGUGGAACAUGAGUCAAGUGAUUCAUGUAAAAGGUACAUAAAGCGGGCGUCUGUCCCACUUGAAGGUUUUGACCUUGAAGGUUUUGACCUUCAUGUUGAUGGAAAGGCAAGACGACUUUAUCCAAGAAUGGCAAGUCCAACAGGAGACAUUUUGGAGAGUGAGGUUUAUAUCUGUCCAUUCCAGGUACAAACUGCACUGCAGAAUUUAUGCAUGUGAUUUCUGUGGGGCAAGCCAAGGGUCACAGCUUGGGUGACCGGUGAAAUGCCCAGCGCCCCACCGGUUCUGGAGGCUGGAUCUCGUUGGUCAGGAAGGGAUCUGGGCCUGGGGUUGGCUGAAGCUCCUGGCAGGGAGGGGGUCCAACCAGCAGCAAGGCUCAUCGGGGCUGAGGACCACAGUCUAAGGGGCUGUUCAUUCCCUGGCUGGCCACACACAAUGAAAGCAAACAAUUACAACCCAUAGAGGCUUGAGUGUGGCCAGCACACCCUGUAUGGCUCUCAGACAAGGAAACUGAGUGAGUACCAGAGAUCUAAAAGGAUUCACCCACAGUCACCCAGCCAGUCAAUGCUAGAGCCAAGAUUCCAGCAGCCAGGUCUAUCCUACCCACAGAUCUGCUGCCCACAGAUCAGGCACCCAGCUGUUCUGCUAAUUCUGGCCUGUGGAAACACAUCCCUCCAGCAACUGAGACCCAAAAGGGGACAGUGCUGGUGUACAGUCCUGCAGAGGGCUCUGGGGACAGGACUGAGUUCAUCCCCACUUCUGGGGGGCUGCUUAUGAGAUGGGGCAGAGAGAGGAGAGACUGGUCAAUCUGGGUUCCAAUCCCAAUCAAGACACUUACCUUCUCUGAGCCUCAGUUUCCUCCUUUGUGAAAUGGGUGUGAUAAGAGUAGCUGCCUUUCAGGGUUGCUGGGGAGAACAUGAUGGAUUAUGGCCAGUGUUCAGCAGGCAUGGUUGCAAUUCCUUAUUAUCUUGGCACAAUAGUGCCCUGGGAACACAAAUGCCCCCAUUGAGAACCUCUGGUUGAAGGCUAAAUAAUUUUUAUCACUUCAUCCAUCAGUAAAUUCCACUGGCGCAUUUCCCCUCAGGUUCAGGGUAAUUAAUUACCUUUCCCACUCACUCAUCACGUAUUCAUUCACUCAUUCAUACAUUCAUUCUGUCAAGAAUAUUUACCAAGGGCUAACCACCUUUUGUUGGUAAAUCCAAGAUGCACAUUUUUUCACCUGUGCGUAUCCCUGAAGUCGGGAUGUGUCAUAGUUACAGACAGCAGGCAUCAUUGCCUGCAUGUGAGCACAUUGAAACGUGCAGGUUGGGUGUAAGCAGCUUGGUGGAAGCUUCCAGGAAUAACAGAGGAACCAUCGUCCGGGGAAUUCUGUGUCACCAGUGCUCUCAGAGAUUCCGAAGGCCAUACUGGCAGAAAAACUCGGAUACUGGCAAUUCUGCGUGGAAAAGGGAUUUGAAGGUUAUUACAAACGUAAUAACCUAGGAAAUACCUUCUUAGCCCAUUUAUUUCACUUAUGUUUUCUUUUCCUUUUUAAAAAUUUAUAUUGGGGAACAGUGUGUUUUUCCAGGACCCAUCAGCUCCAAGUCUCAAGUAGUUAUUUGAGUCUAGUUGUGGAGGGCGCAGCUCACUGGCCCAUGUGGGAAUCGAACCGGUGACCUUGGUGUUAUGAGCAACGUGGUCUAACCACAGAACCAACCAGCCACCCAAUGGUUUCUUUUUGAUGUAUGUACAUGAAUGAUACACGAUUAAAAUCUAUAUCUAAAUGA